GAAAGACGGGGGAAAGCAGUUGUUUUAGUAGGUGUUGCUGACGUCUUGGCUUUCAGUUUCGUUGUCAUCUACUGCUGAACUGGUCCGACUACUUUGGUUCCUUUGUUGUCAUCUGGGUUGCUGUGGAGAAUAUAUGGACAGGGCAGUCAUGGAACCUACGAGAUUACUUGAAGCCUACCGGGAGCAUCUGACAGACUCAGGUGGAAUCAUGCAACAAUCAGUCUCUGCGUUGGUGGAGUUGAUGUCUUCUGCCAAUCGCAAACUAGUUCCGAAGUGCAUUUCAUUGCGCAUUAUUGCUUCUUCGACACCUGAAAUUCAAUUGCAGUUGUGUAAAGAUGGUGCAUGGGACAUUCUACUUAAAUGGCUUCAAGAAGCCCUCAAGGAGGACAAUUAUGCAUUCCUUUUGGAACUUUUAAACGUGUAUUCACUUUUGCCUGUCCGAUUAGAGCAACUAACACAAAAUGUUUGUCCUAAACUUAUAAACUCGCUUACAAAACGUUGCGACCACGAAGGAGUGAAAGCUGUGGCUAGUAUCAUCGUUAAGAAAUGGAAAGAAGUAAUCAGCUCUGAUUCCCGCCGGUUGGAAUCUACCCAUGUGAAAAGAAAGAAACUUGAACAUGAAACUAAGAGUUUGAACAAGGAGGCUCAUACGAAUGAGACAACAAAAGAUGAGAAGAGACGUCGCACAACCGUCAAAAUCCCGCCUAAUAAUAUGCGAACUGCAGGGAUAGAGGAUAGUACUGCCCAAGGGCAACCGAAGUCUAGGUCAGAUAUACUUGCUAAGAAGAGCAAAAUUGAUCAAAGUAGUAACCUUACCUCGGAACUUCCGAUUGAGUCCUUUCAUCAGAAGAUAACUGUUACUCCAACUGAACCGCGAAAAGGUUUAUCAAAUAUUUCUUCGACAUUAAAUAAACUUGUAGAGUUGCAUGAAAGUUCAGAUUUCAUAAAUGCAUUAACAACAACACCCUGUCCAGUCGUGCGCAAGAAAAGAAAGAUUUCCACAAGAAUAGAACCAGUUGUACAGACCGACCUCUCUAUAAACAAAGACGAAAGCUCCAUGGAAAUAUCGGAUCAAAGCUGUGUAGGUGAAUCCUCCCCAGCUUCAUCUAAAGGAAUGGAGUCAAGAAAAUCCUCAUUAUCUAAUUUAUAUUCAGCAUUUCCAGCAGACAAUAAGCCGAAAAAACGUGUUUCUUGGGCUGAUGAAGACAAACUGCAGACAUUUCAUUAUUUUGAACUAGAUGAAUCAGAAAGAGUAAAUGUAAAUCGUGUGUCUAUUGAGGACAUUCGUCGAAGGGAGCAUUCCAUGGAACGUCAGCUUUUCAAACGAUCUUAUGAAGACUCAGAGGUUUUUUCUCAAAAGUGGUAUUCACCUUAUCCAUUGGAAACGAUCUUCUUGGUUGAACCAGGUUGUAAAUCUAUUGAACGUCAAAUACAGUUGGAACGAGAACGUUGUGUUCUUCAAGCAAUUUAUUUCACCCGCGAAAGCAUCCCACAAAGUCCUGAAGAACCUGAUACGGAGAUCGUGGAGCAUGUUCCUCCACUUCAAAUACCAUUGGAUGAUCUCACUGUUUAUGAAUCAGUUGAUAAAAACGCACAAAUCAAUUCAGAAAAGUUACUUGUUAAAGAUUCUGUGGGGAAUUCACAAAUAUCUUUAAAUCCUGAAGUUGCUAACUUGGUGAAGUCCUUAGCUGCUAAUCUUACCAGUUCUCCAUCAGAUAUGCCUCAGAAAAUUCCUCCCCAAAGUAAUUAUGGUGUAGAUCCUACAAGCUGCUCCGAAUUUCCUUCACAGCCAAAUCUUAUGCGUAAUGGGCCUCAAUCAAACGUUGACAGUCCAAACUCUGAGUCUGUCCGUGGAACUGAUGUCACUCCUCCCAUUGACCAAAUGUUACAAAAGGAGCUGUGGGAAGUCCUCGAAAAAAAUUAUCCAGAUAUUGAUGUUCACGAACUGAGUGCUGAGCGUAUCCGCGAUCUUCUUGAGCCACUAAGAGAUCAACUGGUGGCACGAGGUAUCUUCCACUUUCGCAGUUCAUGUCCUCCGAGAGCACCAAUGCCGUAUCCUGACUGCCCAAUAGACCCCCCUUCGCCUCACCAGGCUUUCCGUCCACCUUUUAAUUGUCCUCCACGUUAUUCCAAUCCUGUCCCCAGGUCCGAUUUCCCACCCCCUCCCCAUGGUCCCAGGUUGUGUCCUCCUAACCCUCCUAGUUAUGGGCCUAUAAAUCGUAAUCCCAACAGACCCCCUUUUGCGUCACCAAGUCCACCUUUGCCUAACUUUACGCCAAAUCCGAUACCACCCUAUAACGGCCCUCCUUCUCGUGCCCCAUCUUUUCCUCGUGGAAAUUCUCGAAUAAGAAAUGGUCAACCCUGCAAGUUUUUCCAACAAGGAGGGUGUCGAAAUGGACAUUCAUGUAACUUUAUGCACUCCCGGUGAAAGAUUCUUUUAUUCUCCUUUAUUUAGUGUCCAUAGCUCUGUAUAGAAUUACAUCAAUUUUGAUUUAUGCAUUUGACUUUCAAUGGUUUCUGAAAUGAACUCUGAAUAAUUUGUCACUUGGAAGUUUGUAAAUAAAAGACUGACAUUUUGUACAGUUCCCUUUAACACAGAAUAUUUAUUUUAUGGAGUUCAUCAAAUAAAACAACGAAAUACAGUUAUCUGGUUUCUUUUUUAUAUAUGAAAUUGAUAUUCCCCAUUAUCAUCUUUAUUUCUCAAAGGUCCCGUGGAUCCUAUAUACCGCAUUAGUUUCAUCUCCAUACGCUCAUCGGCUGGUUUUAAAAACACCUUAAUUUCAAGUCAUUCUUUUGUACUAUAAAUUUCGCUUACUUUCCUUAUUCCAAUUUGGUGCAUUUUCAUGACUUCUAACUGUAGUAACUUUUUAUCUAGAAAAUCAUUGUUCGUGUUAGCGUGCUAUCUCAACUUACAGACAAUAUUAGCUUCUACUCGUUUUUCAACAGCAAAAAAUGUUAUUCUUCCAACAUGAGGUUCUGUCUGUUGACCAAUUAUAAUACCAAUCGGUAUGUGUGUAUCGGUAAAGGCCUGAGAAAAAAAUUGAUCAUAGAAUAGUUCUCUGUAAAUGUUUGUUUACUUAUAAAUUAAAUAAUUCGGAGAAAAAUAGAAUUUCAUGGUUUUAGUUUUCUUCCACAACUAUAGAGCAUCAUACCCUUCGGCUUUAACCCCACUAGGGGCAGAGUGAACAACACUCAUGUUACUAUGCAAAUACUACUAUUCAGCAAAUAAGUUAGAUUCUGGUGUCCUGUGUCUGCAUAUACUACCUUAUCUACAUUUCUUUCAAGUCUCUAUUCUAUUUUUAUUUUUUAGAGAAAAACCAAAUGGCUCAGCAAAGAUAUAUUUCCGGAAAGAUAUAUCUUUGUUAAGUUUAUAAUUUUUUAUUUUUGAAAAAUGAAAUGCUUAUUGUUCUUUCAGUGAACUCUGGAGAACUUCAAGAACAAAUCACUGCAAAUCAUCAGAAUGGAAACUAUCAGUUUAGUGAAAAUGACCUUUGAAGACUCCAGGUCUGUGGGAACUAGUCACCUUAAUUAGCUUAUGAACAGAUUAAUAGCUAUUGAAGAAAUUUUCCUAUACCUGACAUUAUGUUUCUUCUUAGCUAUUUACUUUACCUGGAUCAGCAAAUUUCAUUGAUUCCAAAAAGGCUGACUUCACACCAUUUAAAGUUUUAUUGGUGUUGUUGGUGAAACUGAAUGCCAAUGUUUACUGCAUUAUUUUAAUUCUAAUAUUUACCGUAUGACUGCUUUGGGUGUGUCUGUUUGUUUACUAACACGUUUUACCUUUCACUUAGAUUCAUGUUUAUUUCACAUAUUAUGAAUUCAAUCUCUGGUCUAAUUGUGUUUGUUACAAAAUCUCUUUCAUCUAUAAAGAAAAAUCACGUCACAUGCAGGAAAAAAUUACAAGAAUUAACUAUGGAACCUGUGCGUCGGUGGC